AAAGCCAGUCCCUCCCCCUCUCCGGGGACGCGCUGUGGAAGCGGAUGCCUGGUCGUGCAGUAUGGCUACCCUGGAUACAGUGGCUGAGGUCCUCAUAGACCCCGACGGCAUUUUCAAGUAUAUCCUGGUGAGGGUGAAGGAGCCCGCGAGUGAGCAGCACUGUGACAUCGUGAGGGGAACCAGCAGCGCUGAGUAUCACAAUCAUAUAUUUGAAAAAAUAAAUCCUGAUCUACAAGCGGCAGGUUUUGAAUGUACAGUUCUUGGAGGAGGAAAAAUUGAACAUAACAGUAAAGAGAAAAAAAUCCGUGUGUUUGGCGAAUCUACGGGAUAUGGAAAAGCCGACCACUCCAUCACUGCAGAAAAAUUGAAGAAGGCAUAUAGCGGCUAUGAAGUGAUUUGGUCAGAUGACAAGAAAUGAAUGCCCAUCUCUGUGAUGCGUGAUGGAAUGCAAAAUGGUCUCUUUCUAACCUGGCCUUUCAAAUGACAUAUUCUUCAAUAAAGUUUAUUUGUAGGUGAAA